ACUUUUUUUCCUUUCUUUUCUUUCUUUUUUUUUUUGAAACUUUGGGCGGACUUGGUGGGAUUUAUUAUGCAGCGGCACGUGGCACCUCCCGAUUCUCCGCGUUUCGGACCUUUUCAACAAAGCCCUUCCCCACCCUGCGCCAGGGGACUCGCUUGCGUGGAAACCGGCGGCCCAAACAGGGUUGGGUCCGGUCGUCUCCUUCCUGCCUUUCCUUCCCUUUUUAUGCCUUCUCGCGGGCGAGCGCGCAGCUGUGGACUCGCCCGCGAGACGCCGAGGUUGCUGCGUGCUUGUUGCUUGACAGAUACACUUUAGUGCAGCUUUCCAAACCAGAGUGACUUCCAGAUAUGUGGACUUCAGUUCCCAGAAAAUUUAAGAGUAUGCUGGCUGCGAAUUUUGGAAAUUGACAUCUCUGCAUCAGGAGGAUUCUUAAUAAAUGAAAGGCUAAUGCCAGGAGAUAAGGAUUGUAUUCCUCACCGCUUGUUAAGUCUCAUCCAGUAUGGGGGCAAGAAAUACUUCAGAAAGGAAUCAUGGUCUCUGAUGCUGUGCUGAAAUCUAUUCUUCAGUUUCCUGAAAAUCUGAAAAAUAAAUUUCUGGUUUUGUACCUUAUUUUGAGCUUAUAUCUACUAUAUAUACAAGCUGACGUUCAUUGGGAAGCCGUGCUAAAGGACUUGGAAAAGAUUGAAGUCAGUUCUGAGAUCGAUGCCUAUUUAUAUACUGCCGAUUUAAAUUACCCCAGUCGUUGUAAUGUAUCAGUGAUAAAGUGCUUUCAACUUGAGAUGCAAGUAGUGUCUCAUGAAUCUAAAUUUGAGGAUAAAAAUUUUCAUGGUAGUGUGAAUCGUAUAAUCAGACUUCUUAGAAGUUUUCUAUCCACUGGAACGAAUACAGAUACACAGACCUGCCAACGAUGUGAAACAUAUGAAGAAAAAAAAUAUUCAGAGUUUAUAACACACUUCAUGUUUGUUAUACAGCGGAUCAACCAAGAAGAAAAAAUGAAAAUUGUGCACUGAGAUACUCUAUUGAAGCUGGAAGAAAUAAUUUAUUUCAUCCUUGGAAAGAUAGUUUCUGAAUGGUCAGCCUAAUCCCAUCUCUCUUUUUCUUUCUUUCUUUUUUUUGUCUUCCGUUCUGGCAGUUUGAAGUAGAGGUAGACCUCAUUUAGUGACUGCCUUAUUUAGUGACCAUUUGCGGUUACAAUUAUGGAAAAGUAACUUUGCAACCAAUCCUUGCAUUUACGAGUUUCAUGGGUCUGUACAGCAAAGGAAAUUUAAGUAAGAUCAUAGGCACAGUUGAAUUUUCACUUAGUAAUUACUUUGCGGAAUGACAAUUGUGGGUCCCAACUGGGAUUGCUAAACACAGUGGUGGGUUCCAACCAGUGUUACCACCAGUUUGCUUUGCACAUGAGCUUUGGAAAGGAGGAGAAGACUUGGCUGAACUUUAGAAGAACUUUGCCUAAGACUUCUCAUAUAUUCGGGGGCUAGCCUAUACCUUUCCUAAAGAUAAAUUUGUUGGCAAACUAAGAAAACGUCUUCCAGCUCUUCAAGAUCGACUUUGAGAAGCUGAGAGCAAAAGUAGUGGGGACGACAGGGGCGUGUGCGUAUCCCUCCUCAAGGAGUGUGAAGGGAGGCAGACACUGCACUUCUGAGGAAAAGAUACGAUCGACUUUAAGAAUGGUGAGAAGCCGAGAGCAAAAGUAACGGCAGUGGGGGCAACAGAGGCAUGUAUGUGUGUCCCCCUCCUCAAGGAGUGUGAAGGGAGGCAGACACUGCACUUCUGAGGAAAAGAUACGAUCGACUUUAAGAAUGGUGAGAAGCCGAGAGCAAAAGUAACGGCAGUGGGGGCAACAGAGGCAUGUAUGUGUGUCCCCCUCCGCAAGGAGUGUGAAGGGAGGUAGACACUGCACCUCUGAGGAAAAGAGGCGGCAAAGCCUUGGCUGUUACCAGGGAGGGGACCGCGGAGGGACAUGUCACACACCCGUCGCCCUCACCACUGCUGCUUUUGCUCUUGGCUUCUUGGUGCAGUGUCUGCCUCCCUUUACUCCUUGCCCAUGCUGGGAGCGCCAAAUCACGCACGGGAGCGAGAGCGCACGAAGUUGGCCACUGUGGAGAGAGAGCCUUGGCUUCCCCUCUUGCUCCUUAUAGUCGCCCUGAGCUGAGACAGUGCAGUUCUUUACUUGGGCAGCCCCGAUGACCACAGCAGCAACAAACAGAGCCGCAACAACGAGGUACAGUGAGAUUUGGCAGCACAGAAAUUGUUCCAUAAAAAAUAAUGUAUCUCCGAGGGGCUUCUGGCAAAAAAACCCAAAAAACCC